GACCAACCCCUCAUUGGGUUGUAUCUUUUGACACAUGUUUUGACACUAGCCACGCAUCGGUAUAAAGACGUAUAAAGAUUGUUUUUAUUAUCAUACGGUGAUUUUACAGCUGAUGCAUUUAAAGUGAAGAUCAAUUGAGUUAGAAUUAUUUGCCAGGGUCCUGUUUCAACAUACGCACUUUUAAUCGAAGCGAAGAAACAAGCAUUAGUGUGAUUCCCUAUAAACCAUUGUGCAUAAUAUUUAAUAUCGGCGUUUCACAUUAAAAUGUUACUUUAUUUCGCUUGAUACGUUGACAUUGUUUCUUUGCGGUUCAACCUUUCAGCUAAUACGCACUUUCCCAUGAAUGCAAUAAUCGCACUAUGUCACUUCUGUGAAGUUCAUGGACCGGGCGCAAUCUUCUGUACUCAAACAUUGCGCGAAACAAAUAUACAGCAGCUGGAUAUAAGUUUUGAUAUAGAUCGAAAAGGAUGUGAAGCGUGUAAUUCGAUUAGGAAUAAUAUCGGACUCGUAAGUCGCGAUCCAGAAAGCAAUGCUAAUUUUGUCAGCAGCCAAAUACCGGUCAUUGGAGAAACGGCGCCAUUAAUAAAGACGGCCGCUUUUCGUAGUCUUAGCUCGGAAGUGAGUUGUUUGGCUUCCGAAGGUGGGCUUGUAUUUUUUGGCGAUGCCAAACAUGGACAUGUGCUAAGUCACGCAUUUCAUCUCGUCGACUCGGAAGCGCGAGGAUUUCAAAAGCGCUUCUCGAUAGUGAUUCUGAUGAAAGACAAGAUGUUUUUGCUUAAUUCGCAGCCUUUUUUAACCGACUGCAUGGUCAAGAUUUCAAGGGAGUUGCAGGAAUACGCUCGAUUGGUUCACGAAGAUGAUCUCCGGCGUCAAGGACUCGAUCGGGCACAGAGAAUGAACAAAUGUUAUGGAAGUGGAUCAACCAGCAACGCUGCAAACAUAACCGCCAAUAGGUCUCUGAUUGAACUGACCGGAAAAGAAUCGAUUUACGCAUACGUGCAUGCUCACUUUUCUUUUAUACUUUGGGCUGGAGCGCGAUACCUGACGGAAAGCAUAACACUUGGAUAUCCAUCGACACCUGUGUGGCUAGGAAAGGACACAGAAGAGGGUUUCGCUAUUGUACAAUCGGAUAAGGAAGGCUAUCAACUGCGUCGACUCGGGCUUGCAAGUGGCGACAAGACUUUCAACCAAGUCGACGAACUAACGCGAGCCAAAUAUUCCUUGCGGAUGUUUCGAAGCAUUUUAAAAUCAAACUUCCUCUCAGUUUGUUACUGUGCACUGACGGGUAUACAAAUUGUUAUCCGCGGGACACCGGCGAAGGGCUACUGUUUAGUGGCGAAUUUAAAAAAAAUGUUGCCGGAAGCCCUGCAUAAGUUGGCACGAGCUCACGCCAAAACGUACACAUCGGCAAACGAGUUCCGAAUAAUAAAUCUGAAGCAGGAAGCAAUUGCACCGCACUCUUCGAGCAGUAUUAUGCGCGUGGAUUUAGUUGAUGAUCAGAAUAAGGACACGGUGGCGGUAUGCGCAUGGGAGGGUGAAUUACCUAGUAAAUUGCCCAGCCUACUUCAGAAGAUCAUGAAGGCCGUAGACGAAGAGCUAUUUAACGAUCAUGCGUUAGAUAAACAUUUACGUGUAAUAGUAGAGGAGUGGAAAAACAAAGUGGUAUGCAUUCGGAAAGUGAGCUCCAAUCAGGACGUGGUCAAAAUUAAAAAGAUAAUGGGUGUUCAGCCUCAAGACCAAGUUUUAAUCAAUUAUUGGUAUAAUCAUCUUUAAGGAUCUUAUACAAUGGGUUGAGCGUAUUUAUUUUAGGAAAUGUUUGUCACCUUAUCAGCAUAGCUGAAUUUUAACAUCGAUAUAUAAGGGCCAAGCUAGGUUUGCCGGGUAAGCUAGUAUUUGUAUAAUAUUCUCAUGUCGUUGGUUUGGUUUUACCAACACUGAUCUGGAUUCAAAUGUUUUCCGAAAAUCUAUUCAAAACAUCAUACGAAUGUUCAUAACAAUAAAUGUAGAGUUGUUAAGAAUAUGUUUGUUAUCUGAAGAAUAAACAUACAAAAUGCCAGGAAAAAAUUCAUUACUAACAUAUUUAUAGCGCAAUGCUAGGUUUCUGGGCUCAGUUAAUAAAAAAUAAGUUAUUCAAUUUAAA